AUGCCUGGUCCGAUGGGGGCAUUGUCCAACCAAGCGUACGACAUUGCCGAUGCGUCGAAUGCUGUCGGUUCCGAGGGUGGCAUCGUCGACCGGUUUUUGAUCCUCGACACACGCCAUGCGAUGGAACAACUUCAUGCACCACGCAGCAUCAUGACUCGAGACCCGGGAUACACCGGUUGCUUUGUACGAGUGUCUGCCCUUGUUCCAUAUUCGUCGGCCAUGUAUAAGCAGCUCGUCGACGUGAUGCCGUCCGUCUUCGACUCCAGGCAACUCGGAUGGCACUCUCUCCUGGUGAAUCCUCGACCAUCUCCGAAAUACGCCGACCCGCUUGGAUGUACCGAGUUGGAUGUGCAUACGAACAUGGGACUCCUGCGAGCCACCUUCCUGCUGCUCCUCUUCCUGGGUAUUGGCUGGGGCCAGUCCUUGCCGUCACGCAGGAGCGGAACGAUGCUUGAUCGUCGGCAAGCAGACGACUUUGACGGCGAAUUUCCCAAGGAAGUCUACCGCGGCGAGACGAAGCGAACACCGGCCGAUGUGGAAAGGGACGGCGGCUUCGUGUCGCGAGGCCUGCAGAAACAACGGGCGGGUACUGCCCUGUCCGCCAUGGAGCUGGAUUUGGGCAGCAGUCUAUUUCACCACGCGUCAGGGGACGACACGGCCUCGUUCACGCGCUACGUCUCGACGAGCACCGACCCCGGCGUCGCACUCACCUUUGCCGUCGAUGACGACGCGCCGACGCAGAAGGGUUAUCUGUACAAGAUCCACGCCGACGACAGGUUCCUCGACCUGAACCGUUCUCUCGGCAAAUACUCGCCUUAUCCCGGCCAAAAGGAACAUGCGGCUAUCGAAUUCAUCCGGUAUGAGCAGAUCGAAGGCUGGUACGAAGUCACGUACGAAAAGCACUUUUCCGAACCACAGAUCGGCAAGGAAAGUCAGGACAAGCUGCGCAGGGGGGCCUUUGGCCAUUUCAAGAAGAAUGCCAAGUUCGACAAGUCGAGGUUCCACAACCUUAGAGGCCGCGGCAGGGUCCCUCAGCUUGCCGGCUUCCCGGCCAUCUCCCCGGCUUGGCAGGAGGUCCCCUGGAAGGCGUUCAAGACGCAGGCUGUGGACAAGAACUUGAACGCGGUCAUCGACUCCCUCUGCGGCGGCAGGCUGAGGGCGAGAAGAGGCCUGGGCUGCACGGGCCGGCCCGGCGGCCAGCAAGGCAUCGACGGGUCCGGGCCGAAAAGACCCUCUACAGGGUCCAAAGGCAAGCCGAGGGCCGAAAAGGCCGACGGCGGCGGCAGAAAGGCGUCCGAGGCGAAAGGACCGGUUGGUGCGGCAAAGGGAAAGUCUCGAACGGGCGAGCCGGUCCGGAAUGCAGGAACUGGUCCAAAGUACCAGUCAACCGGAGUUCGGCUGACCAAGGAGACGGCCAGGGUCGCUGCGUUCGUCCUCGUCUUGCCGUAUGCGAGAGAUUUGCUCGAAGCCAUCAAGCAGUGGGAUCACCCCAUCGGCCACGCCGUCAAGUGGUUCGACGACGUCAUGGCCGCCUUCCAGGAGUCAAUCGGGGGCUCCCAGAGGCAGGACAUUUACGGCAACGACCUGAAGGCCAGCUUGAUCUGCGCAUUGAAGGGUGGCCGGGCCGAGGACACGAUUGUCGGACGAAAGAGCAACAUCUGCCUUGCUGUCGCCGACGAGUUCAAGGAAGAGCUUCGGAGAGACUUGGACGAGGGAAAGCUCGACCAAGACAUCGUCAUGUGCGAGGAAGCCGAGACGUACCGUGGGGGAAGCCCGCACGCUUGGGAAGAGACGAAGCGGUUUUGCGACGCACUCCAUCGCACCGACGAAUACGCCGAGCGACGGCUGCAGCAGGGAAUCAACGAGCUCUUGGACGUUUGCGACGGGUACGCGCUCAAGGCACCAGAGGAUCGGGACCUCGCAGCGAAGCUGGAUGGCGGCUGCACCGCACUUCAGAGAGGAGUGAGGCGGAUCGAAAAGGGCGACAAGGCCAUGGCGGUGACGGAGGGGAUCCCCAAAAUAACCGUCGGGAGUUGCAAGCUAGGGCCGGCUCUGCAAGAGCCGGUCGAGGAGAACUGCGCCGACGAGACUGGCAGCAUUCCCUGCGGUGGGAGGCAGACUGCGAAGGAUCGGGAGACUGGACGGGCUGCCUGCGGCGUUUGUGGCUUCGCGUGGGAUCCCGAAGGGGGGAAAUGCAGGAACAGGAAAGGUGUGCUGCUCUGGCCACAGAAGAUUUCGCCGCCGACGGACAAGUGUUUGCAGUCUCUGGGUGAGAGGCCAUGCGGAGGAGGUAGGCAGACGAAGGCCGACUUUCGGAGAGGAUUCACCAUCUGCACCGUGUGCCGCUUAACCUGGGAUCCACGAGCGGGGGUAUGCAAAAGGAUGGAGGGGGAUGUCGUUGUCUGGCCGCCACGACCCAAGGCGUAG